AUGAGUAGAAGAUUGCUUGAAGCUUCUCAUGGGACAUCCGAAGCGGAUGCGAAUUACAUGGACUGGUAUCAAGAGUGGGCUCAUCCUUAUGUGGAAAAUUUGGAUCCGGAGGCGCAGAGAUAUUUGAAGAAGGCAGAGAAAGAGAGUUUAAAAUCAAAGGAAUCAAUGAAUGAAGAAGAUGAUUGGGAGAAGAUGGUGGUUGAACGAGUUAAUUGGGUGGUCAAGGACAUGAGCCGUAUGAUUGAUUUGGGUGAGAAGUUGACGCGACGACUCAGAUACUCCCUCGGUGAGCAAGCUCAAUCAAAGCAAGGAAAAGGCGGUCGAGGCAGUCGAGGCUGUCGAGGUGGAGGUGAAAAAGGUGGUCGUGAUCGAGGUGAAAAAAGAGGCCGAGUUGGAACAUGUGCUCGAGGUGGAACAAGUGCUCGAGGUGGAUGUGGUGGAGGUAAAAAUACUUCAACUCAAGUUGGCAGGGGAAAAAGAGGUAAAAAGGCUAGAGUGGUAGAACAAGUUGUUGAACAGGAGAAAGAGGACGACGAUUUGGAUACUUUUUUGCGCACGUCUUCGGAUGAGGAGGAAUCAAGUGAAUGA